CAACCGGUUCAGGUUGUACCUCCGCUUGCUGCCCGAAGACAGCUGGGAUCAGCUCCAGCAUGCCUGCGACCCUUGUGAGGAUAAGAGGAUGAGAACAUGGAUGGAUUAUCAAAUGAUUGUGACUCUUGCGAAGCAUGUCUGACACAUUUUAGAUGAAAUGUAGUGCACUGCAUUUAGAAGCUAACUUUUAUACUCCAGAAUUAACAUUGUAAAUCUCAACGAUGUCUUUCUGAUUAUUUAAAAUUACAUUAAUGGCAUUCAGUUUCAGAUGUCAGGUUGUGAAUUAUGGUAUAUCUGCCACUGAAUUAUAGAUACUUGUAACUCCAGUUUGCGAUCUCGGCGACACCAUAUGAGCUCAUCAUAAUCCCAGCUAGAGUUGUCCACGUCAUCAUUCCGCCGAGAUAAAAGGAAAUUACUCCUUGCCACUGAUAAAUGCAAAACAGUUUUCCAUAUACGUCUACAAUACGCCACAGCUCCUCGCUGGCAUUGAAACAGGAGUUCAGCACACUCCAGAUAUUGUCCCAGCCCAUUAAAAACUCUUGUCUAAAAUAUAUAUGAAUUGUUGAAAUUAUCCAUAGUUGACCAGGCAAAUGUACUUAAAUGUAUUCAAGAACCGUCUAGCCACUCUUUGAGGAAAUACAGUCUCGCUCUUAUUUUGAAAAGUUGAUUUUCUUUGGCGGUGUUUUUGUGAAAGGCAGUGAUGGAGUGAGCUGGACAUGUUGUGCCUUACCCCUCUGCCUUAAGUGAACAUAUCAGGGAAAAGGUACAUUUGUUUUUAUACUGUGCGUCCACACGUUUGCGUCAACAUCUCAACAAUAGUCGUCGCCCGCUCUCGUUGCUACAGAAAAGACUCCCAAUGAGAGGGAUUGACCUGUACAUGAAUGUUGCUGUUUAGAAAUGUACAAAUAAUAAAAAAAAAAUGUUGAAUGAUACUUUUGUGCACUUGGGUACUUUUACUUGCCAUGUGAAAAGUGCUUUCCCUGUGUCCUUUCUAUGGCCAUUCGUUUCCCUGUGAUGUGUCCACUGGACAGGCGUUCAUUAUGCGUAAUCGGGAAAAGUUGAGGUCGAUACUUUCCGACGGCUGAGUUCAAUAAAGAAAUCAAUAAAGUGAAUGUGACGGAUGCAUCAGGGUGGAGUCUGCUUGUUUUUCAAAGCGUGUUCACAUGCGGGGGCAAAGCGGGCCAUCCGAUGCUUUGCUUUAUGGAAACGACACCCGAAACCUUUUGACAACCGGCUGGACCUCAAAGAUGAGCAAUUCCGAGAUUCCGGCGGGUCUCAAGGAGCUGCUGCAGGGAUAUACGGUGCAGGUUCUUCGCAACAGGCCGCCGGACUUGGUGGAAUUUGCCGUGCAGCAUUUUACGCAAAUUUUGGAGAAGCGAAAGAAUGACAAGCCAGCUAAGAAGCGUGGCGGCAAAGCGGCACGGAAAGGGGUCACUUUUGCAACAAUCUCUGAUGAGAGUGCCCAGGAUGCCAAAGAAGAGGGGGAAGAGAAGCUUGUUGAAUCCACCGCUGGUAAAUACAACCGCAGAGUUUCAGUUUGCGCAGAGGCCUACAACCCCGACGACAACGAGGAUGAUGACACCGAGCCUCGAGUUGUGCACCCCAAAACGGACGAGCAGCGUCGCAGGCUUCAGGAUGCCUGCAAGGACAUUUUACUCUUUAAAACACUGGAGCAGGACCAGUUCUCGGAGGUUUUGGACGGCAUGUUCGAGGUGCAGGUCAAACCUCAGGAGCACAUCAUUGACCAAGGAGACGAUGGAGAUAAUUUUUAUGUCAUAGAGAGGGGUGUUUACGAUAUACUGGUGGCGAAGGACGGGGUGAGCGUGUGCGUGGGAAAGUACGACAACAAGGGCAGUUUUGGCGAGCUCGCUCUCAUGUACAACACGCCGCGAGCUGCCACCAUCGUGGCCGCACAGGAAGGUGCCUUGUGGGGCCUGGACCGGGCCACCUUCCACAGGCUCAUUGUGAAAAAUAACGCCAAGAAGAGGAGGAUGUAUGAGGCCUUUGUUGAAUGCGUUCCCCUUCUGAAGUCUCUGGAGCUCUCGGAGAGGAUGAGGAUUGUGGAUGUGCUAGGAGCGCGAUGCUUCAACGAUGGAGAGCGUAUUAUAGCGCAGGGAGACACAGCUGACUGUUUUUACAUCGUGGAAUCAGGACAAGUCAGGAUCAUGAUCAAAAGCAAAACGAAGGUAGGCCAGCAGGACGACGCGGAGAUCGAGGUGGCCCGUUGCUCUCGAGGACAAUACUUUGGGGAGCUCGCACUCGUCACCAACAAACCUCGAGCAGCGUCCGUUUAUGCUAUUGGAGAAACCAAAUGUUUAGAGAUUGACAUCCAGGCGUUUGAACGCUUGUUGGGCCCUUGUAAGGAAAUCAUGAAGAGGAACAUCUCCCAGUAUGAAGAUCAGCUUGUGGCAUUAUUUGGCUCUAGCGUAGACUUAAAACACUAGCAUGUACUGUACAGUACGUUCUCCCCUCCGCCCAUUUUUAUUCGUGUGUUGAUCAGAUGAAACUCAAGAAACAAUGGUUUAAAAAAAAAUAUGGCCCACAGAAUUAUCCCCUAAUGGCUUUGACUAUUAUUACGAUCAGAUUUAUUCUCUACAAUAAAAACAAUUUCCUUUACAUGAAACCAUUUCCUUUCCU